AUGUCUUCCGACAUACUGAUUCGGCUGUCCACGUUGGAAACACAACUGGUUCACACUCAUGAGAAAGUAAGUUUCUUCGAGCUGGUUGCCCUUUUCCCGAAUGUCCCUAAUUAA